AUGGGCUUUCGAUUGAUGAAUUCAAUUUCCAAGUGUUUCCGGCCAAAAGAACUGAUCGAACCGAGAUUCGCCAGCACUCUGAGCGGCUUUAUGCGAAACCUUUGGCUAAACCGAUUUGGAAACAAAGCCCUUCUUCGAAAAACCAGAGCCAAGUACGCCGUUACGGGAAGAACGUUGUAUCGCCAGGGAUUUCCCAUGGAAUUCAAGGACGUCGCCGGUCUGCACGAUGCCAAACUCGAAAUGUCCAACGUGCUGGCUUCUUUCAACAGACCGCUGAUGCGGAUUCUCUACGAAUAUUUAGGCGCCAGAGUUCCCAAGGGAGCUUUGCUCUCGGGACCGACGGGAUGCGGUAAGACGUUGUUGGCCAAGGCCGCGCAAAAAGAAUGCCAAGUCCCGUUCUUCUUCAUCAGCGGUCCCGAGUUUGUAGGCGUGAGCGUCGGAGUCGGAGCCAGCAGAGUUCGACAAAUAUUUAAACAUGUCAGACAGUACUCUCCCUGUAUUGUAUACAUAGAUGAAAUCGACGCCAUCGGCCGCCAAAGACGCGGUUUGGGCGGUGACGACGAGGGCGAAAGGACUCUGAACCAACUGUUGGUGGAAAUGGACGGGAUCGGAUCCAAAGAAGGCGUCCUGUUGUUGGCGUCCACCAGCAAAGUGGAUACACUAGAUUCGGCGUUGUUGAGAUCCGGUCGUUUCGACCAUCAUAUCGUCGUAGAACUGCCGACGUUGCAAGAACGAAAGGAAAUAUUCGAACAACAUCUUACGAUCAGGUUGAGCAAAAUUCCGCAGAGUUAUUCGCAGACAAUGGCUCAACUGACUCCGGGCUUUAGUGGUGCCGAAAUCGCCAAUGUCUGUAAAGAAGCGGCGCUGCAUGCUGCGAGGAACAACAGAAAGUUGGUAGUCGAAAAUGAUCUAUACUACGCCGUCGAACGAAUGAUCGGAGGUGCUGAAAAAAGAUCUAAUAGCAUUUCUGCCGAAGAAAAACAAAUGGUCGCCUAUCACCAAGCCGGUCGUGCCCUGGUCGGAUGGUUGUGGCCGACUAUCAACAGUCGGCAACGACUGCACAAAAUCAGUAUUGUGCCAAGAACUCACGGGGCAUUAGGUUUCGCUCAAUACAUAUACAUUCAGAGGGAGCGCAAUAUAUUGUCCAAACAAGCAUUAUUGGAAAAAAUGUGUAUGAAACUUGGCGGUAGAGCGGCCGAGUCAAUAGUUUUCAAUAGUUGUACAACUACAUCAAAAAAUGAAUUUAGAGAAGUUACCAAAAUCGCUAAUGCUAUGGUCCGUCAAUUCGGGAUGAACGACAAUGUCGGAUUGUUAUCUUUCCCUAAAAAGAGAUACAAUGCCAUUCGACCGCUUUAUAGUAAAAAAUUGGCAGCACUUAUGGAAAUAGAAGUUUCCAAAUUGGUAGCCGAAGCUUAUUUCAAGACGGAACGACUAUUGAAAGAAAACCGUGACAAACUCGAAUUGGUUGCCGAAGAGCUGUUGCGCAAGGAAACGUUAAAUUAUGCUGAAAUAGAAAAAUUAAUUGGUCCACCGCCAAACUCUUGUAAAAUAGUUACCUGA